GGCUGGCACGCUCUGCUCUUCGCGACGGUGCUGCUCGCCUGCGGCGGGCAGGGCAGGAGCCGGGAGGACGGCGGCGCCGCCUGCUACGGGGGCUUCGACCUCUACUUCAUCCUGGACAAAUCAGGAAGUGUCUUGCACCACUGGAAUGAAAUCUACCACUUUGUGGAACAUCUGGCCCACAAAUUUAUAAGCCCCCAGCUGAGGAUGUCCUUCAUUGUUUUCUCAACCAGAGGCUCAACUCUGAUGAGGCUCACUGAAGACAGGGAGCAGAUCCGUCAAGGCUUGGAGGAGCUCCAGAAGGUCCUGCCAGGAGGAGACACGUACAUGCACGAAGGCUUCGAGAGGGCAAGUGAGCAAAUUUACCAUGAAAAUGUUCAAGGUUAUAGGACGGCGAGUGUCAUCAUUGCACUGACAGACGGAGAGCUUCACGAGGACCUUUUCUUCUAUGCAGAAAGAGAGGCAAACCGAUCCCGUGACCUUGGGGCAACUGUGUACUGCGUUGGUGUGAAAGAUUUCAAUGAAACACAGCUGGCACGGAUCGCUGACAGCAAGGAUCACGUCUUCCCCGUGAAUGAUGGCUUCGAAGCUCUCCAGGGAAUCAUUGACUCCAUUUUGAAGAAAUCAUGCAUUGAAAUCUUGGCUGCGGAACCUUCUAGUAUAUGUGCAGGAGAGUCAUUCCAAGUGGUUGUGACGGGGAACGGCUUCCGCCACGCUCGCAAUGUCGACCGCGUCCUCUGCAGCUUCAGGAUCAACGAGACGGUCACUCUCAAUGAGAAACCAUUCAAGGUGGAGGACACCUACCUGCUCUGCCCUGCACCUGUGCUGCGAGAAGUUGGCAUGGAAGCCGCUCUCCAGGUCAGCAUGAACGAUGGGCUCAGCUUCAUCUCGAGCUCCGUCAUCAUAUCCAGCACACACUGUUCUGAUGGGACGAUCCUGGCCAUUGCUCUGCUGAUCCUGUUCCUUUUGCUGGCGCUGGCUCUGUUGUGGUGGUUCUGGCCGCUCUGCUGCACCGUGAUCAUUAAGGAGCCUCCCCCACCCCCCAUGGAAGACAGCGAGGAAGAAGACGAUGAUGGGCUUCCCAAGAAAAAGUGGCCAACCGUAGACGCCUCCUAUUAUGGUGGUCGUGGCGUUGGCGGAAUUAAGCGGAUGGAGGUUCGCUGGGGGGAAAGAGGAUCCACUGAGGAAGGUGCGAAGCUGGAGAAGGCCAAGAAUGCUCGGGUCAAGAUGCCGGAGCAAGAAUACGAAUUCCCAGAGCCCAGGAAUCUUGGGAACAACAUGCGGAGGUCAUCUUCUCCCCACAAGUGGUACUCUCCAAUUAAGGGAAAGCUGGAUGCCCUCUGGGUUUUGCUGCGGAAAGGUUACGACCGAGUGUCUGUGAUGCGACCACAACCAGGAGACAAGGGUCGCUGCAUUAAUUUCACCCGAGUGAAGACGUCACAGCCUCCCCCCAAGUACCCUCUCAACAACGCCUACCACCCCCCUCCCCCUGCCCCCAUUUACAACCCCCCUCCCCCUGCCCCCAUCUACACCCCUCCCCCACCCAGCUCCCCAGCGCCUCCCACCCCGUCUCCGCCCUCCACGCUCCCCCCUCUCCCUCCCCCUCCUCAUGCUCCUCCCCCAAAUCGGGCCCCGCCCCCUUCCCGCCCCCCUCCGCGGCCCUCUGUCUAAACACCCCGCCCUCUCCCCCAGAAGCCUUUCUUAAGCCAUUUUCAAGAGUACUGUAAAACCAAGGAUCUUUCAGAGGCGGCCUUAAACAUUCUGGGUGAAGAGACAAGCAAACCCCUUUCAAUUCUUCUUUUUCUUCUUUUUAAAAAAGUCCUCUGAUGCCCCCAGUUGACUAGAAUGCUCAAAUCCCUGGUGUUCAGUUCGGAAGAAAUCUCUGCCAUUCAUUACUUUAAAAAGAAUAAGACUGACGGCAAAUGCAAAACAGUCGCUGGAUGCGGCCCACAGCCCUGUGUGUUCAGGAUACUACCAGCCACUGACCUGAAAGUCAUCCUCUUCCUGUCAGGUUGAGUAGAUCAUCCCUCAGAGGUGAGUGGUGGGAAUCGCAGGAGGACAGCGUGGCUGGGGCCACAGAAAUCCUUGCAGCCAAGGCUGCCCUUGGAGCCCACGCUGGUAUUGCCACAUGGAAGGUAUUCCUGAGCACGCCUGGAUUUGAUAUGUUGCUACAAGGAAGGCAGUAGGUGCAAUGAACUCAAGUCUGAUGGUUUCAGAGGAAGAACAGAUGACUGGAAGCAAAGGAAACGUCAGCACAUUGGCCUUUGAAGAAUCACAGAAUUGUAGAGUUGGAAGGGACCCCGAGGGUCAUACAGUCCGAACCUGCAAUGGAAGUGCAGAAAGUGGCCUUUGUAUGGCCUUUGUCAUGUUCUCAGCUGACAGGAGGAGUCCAGAGGAGUUGGGAUGCUGUGAAGAAGCAGAGCAAAUGCAGCCGCUGGGUGGAGAGGCUGGGGUUGCCCAGGCAAGGGGCAGAAGUUCUGUGGCACAUGCCCGUGAGAUUUCCAAAAGGAACAUCCACAGGACACCCAAGGUCAGCCCAAAGCGGUUGAUUCCAUGGGAGAUCUGAAAACCACCAACAAUACAUCUGGCAGGCCCUGCAAGGACCCUUUAGGAAGUGUGUUGGCAGUUUAAGUGAAUCCGCUUCCGGUUGGCUGGCUUUGAAAAACAACACAGAUCCUUCAUGGGAAGGAGGAACAGAAGGGAAGGGAGUUUCACGCAAAAGUGUGCAGAGAGGAGAUGAAAUGACUUGAAUUGCCACGGUUUUAAAAAGACUAGACAACUUUCCCCCUUUAGUAGUUACUUUCAAAUGGAUUCUGACAACCAUAUGUUGAUGUCAAUUCAAGGAGGCUCUUUUAGUGGAUUUGAUCAUGCUUAAAUGGUCUCAAGUGGUGCCUAGACUGAGCGAGAGCUACUGCAUUCUGGCUUAGCCAUGUUAAGUUGCCCUCUUGAUGUGUGUUCAGAGAGUACUUUGGGAAGGAGAGCAAGAUGGAUGCUGAUCUGAGAGGUGUGACUUGAGUUUCAUGUCCUCUGCUGACUCAGUAUUUGGCCAUGGGAAAGCCACUCUUGGCUUCAGUUGCAAUCUGUCAAAGAGGGAUUCCAGAGCACAUAGCAGGAGAGAACCGCUGUUGUCGAGGGGAGCUAAAGAUUGCAGACCCUUACAAAUUGGAAGUGGCCUGGGAAUUGGUUCCAUGGGUGUCACCUGAAAAAGUUCAUCAUGUAUUGACUUCAACAUGGUGUGAGACUCUUUUCCUCCGGUACUUAUUU